UGGAUCAAACAAAAAUGUGGCCUAGCAAAAUAAAAACCCUAGCUAAUGCCCGCGGGGGGCAUAUCACAAUGGCGUCUUCGUUGGGCGCCCAAGCGCAUGCCCAUGGCUAUGGCCAGGCGCAAGCUCACGGCUAUGGCGAUGCCCGCAGCGCCAGAUUCUUCAGGAAUGCAGGUGAUUUGUCUCCAUCCUCUUGCCGAUUUAGAGCAGCCAUGGCCACGGCAAGCGCGUCGAUAUUGGCAUCGCCGGCCAUUCCAAGAUCCAAGCCGGCAGCAUCGCAAAUCUCUAGGCUCCAAACGCAGCUGCGAAAGAAGGAGAUCAGCGCCGUGGAGAUCGUCACGGAGUAUCUGGAUCGAUUGCGGGAGAAGGAGCCGGAUGUGAAGAGCUUCCUCCAUAUUUCCAGCAGCGCAUUGGAUGAGGCGGCGGAGAUUGACGGCAGGCUAGCCAGAGGCGAUGAUCCUGGGCCUCUUGCAGGUAUUCCCAUCGCAAUCAAGGAUAAUCUGUGCACGCAAGGCAUGCCUUCUACUGGAGGCUCCCGGAUUUUGGAUGGAUACAGGCCUCCAUACGAUGCCACGGCAGUGAAAAGGCUCAAAGAAUCCGGGGCAGUGCUCAUAGGAAAGACGAACCUCGACGAGUUUGGCAUGGGGAGCUCCACCGAAAGCUCGGCUUACCAAGUAACUUCCAAUCCUUGGGACUUGUCUCGCGUUCCUGGAGGAUCGUCAGGAGGAUCAGCAGCCGCGGUGGCGGCGGGACAGUGUGCUUGCGCUCUGGGAAGUGAUACUGGAGGUAGCAUAAGGCAGCCAGCGUCUUUUUGCGGGGUUGUUGGAUUAAAACCAACUUAUGGUCGGGUUUCUCGCUUCGGUUUGAUGGCCUAUGCUUCCUCGCUCGACGUGGUUGGAUGCCUUGGCACCUCAGUUGACGAUGUUUCGUUACUUCUGAAUGCUAUAGCAGGUCACGAUCCGGCUGAUGCUACUUCCAGCUCCAAGGUAGUUCCGAACUACUUGAAAGCAUUAGUGCCAGCCAAAGAACUUCCGGGAAACCCUUUGGCGGGGAUGAAGUUUGGGAUCAUAAAAGAGACAAUAGGUGAAGGCGUCGAGCCCGCGGUAGCUCAAGUGGUGAAAAACGCUGUUGUUCAUCUUGAGAAGCUUGGUGCUGUGGUUCAAGAGGUUUCUUUGCCUACCUUCUCCCUUGGUUUACCUGCAUAUUACGUACUGGCAGCUUCAGAAGCAUCAUCCAAUCUAUCACGUUAUGACGGUAUAAGAUAUGGCCCUCGAGUUGUUGCAGACGAGCUUAAUGCAAUGUAUGGUGCUUCUCGUGGACAAGGAUUUGGGGCAGAGGUGAAAAGACGCAUUUUGAUGGGAACCUAUGCGUUGUCAGCUGGCUAUUAUGAUGCAUUUUAUAAACGCGCACAACAGGUGCGAACUUUGAUUCAACAAGACUUCAAGAAAGCUUUGGAGGAUGGUCACAUACUUUUAUCACCCGUGGCUCCUAGCCCAGCUUUCAAAAUCGGAGAGAAAGUACUGGACCCCUUGUCGAUGUAUCUGGGAGAUCUUAUGACGGUUAAUGUGAACAUGGCUGGCCUACCUGCAUUGUCGUUGCCCUGCGGUCUGAUCGAGGACGAGGGCUCUAAGCUUCCAGUGGGAUUGCAACUGAUUGGCAACGCGUUCGAGGAGGAGGAGUUGCUGCGGGUAGGACACAUUUUUGAGCAGACCGUUCCGACAUGGUGAUUGUGUUAGCUAACGCAGCGCUGAACAGACAUAGGUGACAGUGCUACGAAAGAUCAACAUCUAUACUAUAGGGCUGCUAUAGAAGCCCUCCGAGUGGGAGUAUGCAUAAUUUUGCUACGUGCUGGUGGAGCACGAAUCAUAUUUGUCAGUGUUUAUGCU